GCCGGAAGCGCGAGUGGCCGGGGGCGGCGGCGGCGGCGGCGCGUACCGGGGGCGCCGGGCGCCGGUACCGGGCCGGUACGGGGCGGCCCGCGGGCGCUUCGCUCGGCCCUGCCCUCACUCUGAGCUGCCGCCGAGCUCCGGGGUGAUCCCCGCGGGGGCGCCGCGCCCCGCGGAGCGGGUAGGACAGCGGCGCCGCCCCCGCCCGCGUCCCGGUGCGUCCCGGUACGUUGCUGCGUCUCAGAAGCCGUGGCGCGAGCGCCUGGCAGGCCCUAAACGUGCCCCGGCAGCACUAGCGCUGUUUGAAAUCAGUCAGGAGCCCGCAGCUGCCCCGGGAGGAUGGACACCCUGAAGAACCGGAGCGUGGAGGAGCUCCGCGAGCUGCAGGAAAAUGCCGAGGAGAUCGAGCGCCUGGCCCUGGAGUCCAGGGAGGUCCAGGAGCUGCAGCUGGAGAGGGAGAUGGCGCUGGCCGCUAACCGCAGCUUGGCCGAGCAGAACCUGAAGUUCCAGGAGCCCCUGGAGACGGGGCGCUCCGACCUCUCCCGCAAGUACGAGGAGCUGCGGGAGCUGGCCGAGCGCUGUAAGGAGCAGAAGGCGAAACUGGAGAAAUUUUCAGCAGCAAUGCAUCCCCAGAUGUUGCUGGAUCUCCUGCAGGUGGAAAGCCAAAAAAUCGAAGAAGAGUCUGAGAAAAUGGCUGAGAAGUUCCUGGAGGGCGAGGUGGCCCUGGAGUCCUUCCUCGAGCAGUUCUCCGUGAUGAGGAAGCUGGCCCACUUGCGCCGGGUCAGGGUGGAGAAGCUGCAAGAGAUCCUGCGGAAGUCGGCAGCGCCGCAGGAGCCUGGCGGGGACUCGAAGCAGCAGCAGCAGCAGCUGCCUCCUCAGCCCCCUGCAGACACGCCGAAGCCGCAGCCUGUCCCCUCGGGGGCACCUUCCUUCCCUCUGCCCUACAGCACGGCCCCAAGCAUGCCGGUUGGCCCCACAGCCCACGGAGCUCUCCCACCUGCUCCUUUCGCUGGCGCUCCGGUCACCGUGGGACACGUGGGUGCCUCGCAGCCCGGCACCAACCCCGUGUUUCCCUGCCCGCCUCCGGAUGCCAGCUACCCUCCCGCUCAGGGUGCCAGCUCCGUGCCGGGCUACCCCCGGCCUCCCUCGGGAGCCCCCUCCUCUGCCCCAGCCUACUCCUGGUCUCCGUCCAGGGGCCCGCCGCACGCCCCCUCCUUUCCGGGCCCUCUGCCCUCCACUCCGCCGCCCAGACCCGGCUACCCUCCCUAUGCAUCCCCCGGGGCAGGGAGGCCGCAGUGCCCCUACCCGACCCAGCCUCCCCUUCCCAGUUUCCCAAUCCCCCCACAGCCUCCCUAUCCCCCGGGGCCUCCCUUUGGGUACCCCCCGCCUCCAAACCCUCAGCGCCCCGCUUGGCCCGGCUACUAACCUGGCACUCGCGGGCGGCGUGCUCUGCUGCUCCUUCCUCCCAGCAAACCGAGGAAGAGGAGCACACCGAGAGCGUUGCGAAGGGUGAGAGACGUGGCAGGCGGUCGCAGCUGCAGCUCUAGGCUCGGUUUGGGACGAUUGCUGGUGGGCUGGAGUGGCCGCUCUCCCCAGCUCCAUCAUAAAAUGCGGGGAGUCAUCGAGGUACUGCUGCGGGGAACGUGGGAGCGACGCGCACGGACGGCACCCACCCCUCUGUGCGUGUGGGGGCGACUGAGAGACCCUCGCUGCGUGCCUGCCAUCUGCUCUUUGGCUGACACGUGGCGUGCAGCAAUUCUGAGCCUUUGCACAGGUGCUCAGGAGGCACGGUGGGAAGCACUGGCAGUAUUUCUGACCCAAAACACUCACGGCCCUCCUGGAAUUGCGAGGCAGAGCCAGCCAGGCUGGCAGCUGGACUUGUAAUGCGCUGUAGCAGGGGGAAGCAGCGAGCCAGGCCUCGAGGUGCGGCUGUGUUUUUACGCUGCUGUGGGGUGACUUCCAAACCCGUUCUGCCUGAGGUGGUCCCGCUGCCUGUGAGGUUGGGUUUCCCUCGGCACAAUCCAGGUGCUCACAGCUCACCGGGGAGCAAAAACCGGGGCGGUUUUGUGGGGUGCUGCCAGCUCCAGCCGUCCUCGUGUUCCCCUCUCUCCUCAGGAAACACUAGGUAACGGGGGGUGCCCCCAGCUCGUAAUGCAAAUGGGAUUUGCUUUGCUCAGCACUUUAUCCUCCGAAUCCUGCUUGUAUCCCUGUAAGUUAUUUAUAAGGUAUGGUUACUAAUGGACUAGAAAAAGAGGAAUGCUUUGGGGGUUUGAUGGACACAGUUCCAUCUCGUGGUUAAUUACAGUAAUAAAUCUCAACGACUUGCACGUGAGGUCACCGCAGUGGUUGCUUUCGGAAACGGCAGGGCGUCCAGCUGGCACUUGUAUUGAUCUUUUAGUGCCAUCCGGGCCUCCUUACAUCAACUUCCUCUUGGUUUUGUCAAUAAAAGCUUUCACCCUCUUGCAGGA